AAUGGUUUUCCCCAGUUUGCCUAAGUUAGAAGUAUUGUUGACUUUGGGGAGCUGCAUUGGGGCAGGAAUGGUAAGGAAAGUCCCCUGGUUCCUUGUCAGCUGGGUGGAAGCAAAUGUUACCAUGGGACAGAUGUUAUCACCUUCAAUCAGAGUUCAUGCACUGGGGAGGGAGGUCACCAAUGCAGCAGCCUUGAGAAAGGGGUGGGCAUUGGGGAGGCCAAUGGUGCGUGUGGUCGGGUCUGCUUUUCAGUCAGGGCUGGUUUCAUUGAAAUAAGAAAGCGAAAGCUCAGGGCCAGAGAAGUCCUCUUCCCUUUUUAGAAGUUGCUUCUUAGCAGAGCGGAAAGCCCCAGACCCCAGGACACGGAAAGCAUCCCAGGCGCAGGGCGGCCAAGAGGCAGAAGCAUCCAGACCUGUCCGCUGCGCCUGGGGCAUGGAGCCAAUGAAGAAGCUGCAGACGGUGCUGGACCUGUACCUCAAGCACCGCAUCACGCUGGGCUACGGCCUGCUGACUCUUCUGACCGCGGGCGGGGAGCGCAUCUUCUCCACCGCGGUGUUCCAGUGCCCCUGCAGCGCCGCCUGGAACCUGACCUACGGGCUGGUGUUCCUGCUGGUCCCCGCGCUGGCGCUCUUCCUCCUGGGCUACGUGCUGAGCGCUCGCACCUGGCGCCUGCUCACCGGCUGCUGCAAGCGGGGCGCCGACGACCGCGCCGACGACACCGGCUGCAGCGCCUGCUGCAACGCGGGGCAGCGCGGGGUCCUGGUGUUCGCGCAGCUGAGCGGGGCGGCCGCCAUCGCGCCCCUCACCUGGGUGGCCGUGGCGCUGCUCGGGGGCUCCUUCUACGAGUGCGCGGCCAGCGGGAGCAGCUUCCUGGCGCGGCGCCUGUGCUCGGACCGUGACCCCCAAUGCGCCCAACAACUCCCGCUGGUUCCCUGCAACAAGGCGCAGGCGUCCGACGUGCAGGACCUCCUGACGGACCUCAGGGCCCAGUCGCAGGUACUGGGCUGGAUCCUGAUAGCAGCUGUUAUCGUCUGCCUUCUGAUUAUUGUAGCUAUCACCCGAUGUGUAUCUCCAGUUAGUUUUCUACAGCUGAGCUUUUGGAAAAUCUAUGUGGAACAGGAGCAGAAGAUCCUCAGAAGUCAAGCCACAGAACAUGCGACUGAAUUGGCAAAUGAGAAUGUUAAAUGUUUCUUUGAAGGUUCACAUCCAAAGGAAUGCAAGACCCCGAGCAUGAAAGACUGGCAGCAGGUUUCAGAACUAUAUACUUUCAAUCCGAAGAACCAGUACUACAGCAUGUUGCACAAAUAUGUUAACAGAGAAGAGAAGAAUCGAAGUAUCAGGAUUUCAAAAGGAGAUGCAGUGGUUCCUGUUCUUGGCUUUGUAGAUUCACACGGCAUGCACGCCACUGCCGAGUUAUGACCCUGUGAAUGAAUAAGAAGAAAAGAGUUCUUCUGAAUUAUUACUUCAUUUUUUAAAGAAUAAACAUUGUUAUUGUUUAUGGUGGUUUUUUACUUUGGCCUUCCAAAUUAUGGAAGUAUGGAAUUUUAGAGCUCUAAAAUAAAAUUUAUAAUUUUA